AUGGCCUCAUCCACAUCCUACAGUCAAGGAGAAGCCUCACAGCGAGCUCCGCACAGGCGAGCCAACGUGGGAUGGGUCUCCCCCUCCCAACCGCCAAAAGCAACCAUCAACGAUAACUACGGCCCUGCGCUCACAAACGAAGAACUAUAUGCUGUAGCGCGAAGCCUCUCUAAACUAGAUCAGUUUCUUCUUCUCUAUUGUCAGCACUUCUACCAGCAAAUCGCUUCCGGAGAACUGAACCCAGGUGAUGUCUCUGCGCAGAGACUGGCUGUGAACGACCUGGAGGAUCUUCAGACAAUCAUAACUCAGAUUCAAGAUAUUAACAACGGCCGGUUCAUCUUCAGCAGCCUGCCAGAAAUAGCACGAAAGAUCCAAGCGGCACCGAAACUUGUGCCUCAAGAUACCAGAGCAGGUUUUCCCACGCAGUCCGGUACAUUCACCGCGAUACUCUGGCUGACAUUCAUCGGGACUACCUUGUCUAAUGUCUGGACCUUUGCUCUUGCCUACAACUACUCAGAACAUAAACCCGGAACUACAAAAGACGCAGAUUUCUGGUUUCUCAUGCAAAGCUGCAUCAUCCAGGGGUUCACCCUGAUCAUCUCAGGCAUUCCUUUAAGGGCUGAUCCCCGAUUGCGGAAGCGCACUUGGGUACCUCCCAUGCUGCUAGCAUUGAUCUGCACGAUCAUAGCCCCACCACUAUACCUCACAGCUCCGACAGAGUGGUCCAGCUUUGUUGGUCUCAUAGCGGCAGGCAUUCAAGCCUUUAUGGUUCUGCAGCUUGUGACAGUUUCAGGAUGA